GGUCAUACAGUAGUCAUGUGAUCAAACGGCGGGAAAUAACAGCGUGGUUAGCGUUUAUCACAACAAACUCAAGAUGGUAACGCAGUACGAAAAGUUACGACAGAAGAAUUUAGAAGACAACAGAAGGAUCUUAGCAGAGAUCGGAUUGGCAAAUCCUUUCAAAGGGUUGCCAAAGGUCUCUCUCAAGAAGGGUGUCUUUAGCAGAACUAACAAAAGAAAAACAGAGGAUUACCCAGCCCGUCCAGCGAAAAAGAGGAUUGUAGAAAAUCUUGAAAACACUGGGUCCCUGAGGGGCAGUAGAAGGAAAUCUGCUCGACUUCAAGGAAAGGAUAUUCCAUCAAAGGAGGAACUCAAGGAUGAGUUGGAUGAAUGGGAGGAGGCUGAGUCAGAGAACAGACAUCGCCCUGUUGAUAAGAAUAGGCCCAACUUUCAUGGGCCUGUAGAUGGUGUGGAAGUAGGAACAGUUUGGGAAACUCGAAUGGAGGCAUGUAGAGCAGGAAUACACAGACCGACUGUAGCAGGGAUCCAUGCAGGACCAGAAGGAGCUUACUCCAUAGCUCUCUCUGGAGGCUACGACGACAAUGUCGACCUUGGGGAAGGCUUUACCUACACCGGGGAGGGAGGAAGAGACCUGAAGGGAACGAAAGCUAAUCCCAAGAACCUACGGACUGCAGCACAGUCAAAAGAUCAGGAGUUGACACGUGGAAACCUGGCUUUAAGUCACAAUGUGACAAGUGGCCAUCCUGUCCGUGUGAUCCGCGGAUAUAAACUGAAAAGUCCUUUUGCCCCAGAAGAAGGAUACCGAUACGAUGGUUUGUAUCAGGUGGAGAAGGCUUGGUGUUGUGCUGGACUGUCCGGGUUCCUGGUGUGGAAAUUUGCAAUGAAGCGAUGUUCAGAUCAAGCCCCACCCCCAUGGACAAUCUUGGAUGUGGCAAGCCCUUCCAAGGACAGUGUAAUGUCCGACAAAUUCUCAGAGUCUGGUAAAAGUGAUUCAGGAUUUGACUCUGAUGAAACUGGCAGCCAUUUUGGAUCACAAGAAUCGUCUACCACAAGUUGUCUUGGAAGUGAAGAUGGUCGAUCAGUUAAGUCAGAUAAUGACAAUCAAGAGGAUAUCGAAACAACACUGACAGAGGAAAAUGAAAAAGUUGAAGGGAAAGUAUCAAACACGGAGACAAAAGUAGAAGCAGAAAAGAAGGAAGAGAUCUCAGAAAAUGUAGAGACUGAGUUAAAUGCAGAAAAGAAGGACAACGACUCAGACUAGACAGAGAACACAGAAAAAGAAGUAGUAGCAGAAAAGAAAGUGGAAAUCUCAGAGAAUGUAGAGACUGAAUUAGAAAUGGAGAAUAACAAAGAAGAAAACAUCUCUAAUAUGGAGGUGGAAUUACAAAUAGAGAGAAAGGAGGAAAGGGAAAAAAUAAAGGAAGCUUAAGAAAACAGAAUAAUCAGUCGAUAGGAAAGAGAGCAAAUCUAAUGAAAUCAUGGAAAUUGUUGAAGAGAAGGAAAGAUAAGUGAUGAAUUGGCAGGAAAUUGAUGAUAAGGCAUUUACUUAAUAUCAGGGGAGGUAAUUGGAUGGAGCUAUGAUGAAAUGUUCCCCAACUCUAUUUUAUCCAACUCAAAAACAGAAAUUAUUGUAGUAUCAUUCAGCAAGCCUAGAGGAAUAAAAUAUUACCUCUGACCCAAAUCAUGGCAUUGGGCAUAUAAUAUAUAUCAUAAUAUAAUAUAAUUGUGAAUGUAUUUCUGAAUUCAGAAUGUACAAUUUUAGUUUCAUAUUUGGGGAACAAGCACAUGAAACGUUUUUUUUUUUUUUUUUUGUAAUGGUACUAGUCCAAGAUAAUUUUGAUAAUGCAAAACAUAUUAUUUACAUAUUUAAACAUGCAAGUUCCAUAGCAUCAUACAAUUUAUAUAUUAUAAUAGUAUUUCACAUUCGCACUAAACUUGACAUAUCUGUAUUUUUAGACUUUGUCGAAAUUGUACAUCAAUACUGAACUGUUUUUGUACAUGAUUUUUAUUCUCUUUGACAAUUUACAGUUGUAAAGAAUGAAGUUUUGUGUUGGCAUGUGUACUAGAUUUUAAUAUGCGAGUGGAUGUAUGUUUAAGUUGUCUCCCUUGAAAUGUUUUAUUUUUACAAACAUCUGAUAAUGCAAUUACCCAAGUUAAUAUUUGAUUAUCAAAAUGUGCUUAAAAAGUUCUACCGGAAACCGAGAGUCUUACUGUAGUGUCCCUUUCCUACCAACUAGGUACCACUUCAAAAAUCUUGGUUGAAACUGAUGUUACAUCAUCUUGAAUUGGAAUUGUUAGUGGUAAGAAAUUGGAAAAUGAAAGCUCUUGAUAGGCUUCUCAAUAUCAGAUAUAUAUAUAUAUAUAUAUGUAUUGCAUAAUCUCAUUGGCUUUCUGUGGUUCUGAAAUCCUCAAAUGAAGUCCAAGGUUGCUUUUUAGUUUAUCAGUUUAAUAAUGUGCUUGGGUAUAAAUGUUGGAUUUGUUUUGUAUUGGAUUAGAAAAAUGAAAUCCAGUACAUUGUAUGAAAGAAAUGAAAUUGAAGGUUUGGAACAAAUUCAUAUAUAGUACCUUUACAGUAAUCCCUGUAAGCAUGGGUUGCUGCCUGAAUUUCAUUAUAAUGUACAUAUAAUAAUUUGAAAUAGUAAAGAUCUGUUCAAAUGUUCAAAAGUUCAAAUGAUCUGAAUUUCUUAUAUUAAUGUUAAUAUUGCUCCCAAAUAAUACAGUUGAAAGAUUAUCGAAUGAUAGAUUGUUUAUAGAUAAGUACAACAGAUUUUAUAUACAGAUAUAGUGUUUAUAUCAAUGUUAUUUUAAAAAAAUAUAUAUGUUAUGAAGGAUAUUGUCAUAUGGAGAUCAUGUCAUUUGAUGUCAGCUCAAUGAACGCAGCUAUAGUUGUAAAUAGUGUAGUUUAUAAAAUGCAUUUCCAUUUGGUUUAGUCCAAUAGAAUCUUGGUAUCUAUCCACUUUAAUAUACUGCUAGAUGUGGAUGCUAAGAACCAUUGCCACUCUAUGUGGUUUAGUAUUUGUUUUGAAGUUACAAAAUAUGUACAUAGAGAAAACAUAUUAUGAAUCGAAAUCAUGCUUUUAAAGAUGUAUUGAUACUGUUAAAAUAGCUGCUAUAUAAGGAAACAAUUCUUGUUUCUCUUUAUCUGGUCUAUAGUACAAGUCUGUUGGUAAUACACAGCACACCAUGUUGUCUAGAUCAGACUAGAAUAUUGCAGGGUUAGAUGUACAUAAUGUAUUUUUGUGCCAUGAUCACACUUCCUUUUUGAACGACAAUAUUGUAAAGAUUUUUUGUGUCUUUAAUUUGUAAUACUGGUGAUUUUAAAGUCACCAUUUUCAUUGAGAAUGUAAAUAUAUUUCUGACUGUUACAGCAUCAUUAACAAAUAUUUUAACUUGAGAUUUCAAAGUUCCCUGAAAUCCUAUUCCUGUACUAUUUUGCUUCCAGGGUUGGGAAGGAACCAUAAUACAUACAAAUUCAAGUGCUAUUCCAGUGAAAAAUUGCUCAAUGGAAGGACUCCAGAUUUGUAAAAUAGAAGUGAUUUAAUGAAAUUAUUAACUUUUUAUCAGUCAUUUUCUCCAACACCCACUGUGCAUAGAACUUCUUUAUUACUAGAGUCCUCUCGUUAGAUAUAUAUUAUUGGAAUAGCCCAAAGUAAUUUUAAAUCAAUAAAUGUCCCGGACAUAGACUAGCCCAUCUCUUGAUUGAGCCAGGAAACCUAACUUUCAUUUCUUCAAUGUCAUAAUCAUUCAUAAAGAAAACAUCCUCUAUCAUAUUUCCUUACACUUGAGUUUACAGUUGUGUUCUUAUUAAAUGUUCUCAAGAUUUUGAAGAGAUUCAUCACAAAUUAUGUUCAAAAUGUUUAUUUUUGUUAAAAAAUUUUGAUACAAGUCAAAUUGUUUUCACAGCAGAAUCUUUAAGUUGAAUUUUUGUUUUAUAUUUUUAAAUAAAAUUUUGUUUAUAUAUAAG